GCUCGCGGUGCGUCUGGGGCCGCGAUGUCCGGGCGCGGGAAGCAAGGCGGCAAGGCGCGCGCCAAGGCCAAGACUAGGUCAUCCCGGGCCGGCCUGCAGUUCCCGGUGGGCCGCGUGCACCGCCUGCUCCGCAAGGGCAACUACGCCGAGCGGGUGGGCGCCGGCGCGCCCGUCUACCUGGCGGCCGUGCUCGAGUACCUGACGGCCGAGAUCCUGGAGCUGGCGGGCAACGCGGCGCGCGACAACAAGAAGACGCGCAUCAUCCCGCGCCACCUGCAGCUGGCCAUCCGCAACGACGAGGAGCUCAACAAGCUGCUGGGCCGCGUCACCAUCGCGCAGGGCGGCGUCCUGCCCAACAUCCAGGCCGUGCUGCUGCCCAAGAAGACCGAGAGCCACCACAAGGCCAAGGGCAAGUAGCACUCUAGCAGGGUGUGCGCCUCCAACCCCCUGUCCAAACCAAAAGGCUCUUUUCAGAGCCACCUACGACUUUCUGUGAAGAACUGAACACUUUUCAAAAACCUUCACUUUACCGCAGUUUACAUCAACCUCACAACUUGCGUUAAGGGAGGACAAUUUGAUCAAAGUUAGCUUUUGCAAAGCCUGAAAUUUUUAAAACCCUAUGCUUUCAGGGAAAUAUUCUAAAGACUGGUUUGCAUUCAUCAGCAUUUGAUAAAUACAUUAUGGAGGGUCUCCUUUACAAUUACUGACGUUACUAACCUCCCAUUUUAAGCCUCAAAGGUGUAAAUUCUGGCGGUGGAUUUGAGGCAAACAGCAGUUUCAAAAAACUUGUUUCUUGUCUCUUGGUAAUUAAAGACAUUCUGAAGAUAAAGUGAUCAACCCAAACCUCCAUACUAAUCCAAAACUAUUUUCAGAGCCUUUAGAAUUCUGAGGCACACCUAAUCUGACCUAUGUUUUCACAUUGCUACAUUGAGGAAAUAAUUUUUAAUCAGCCUCUUGAUUUGAAAAGUUAGCCGGUAGCUGAUUAACUUUUUUAAAUGCCUUUUUAAAAUUGUGACUUAAAGGUCUUGAUUCACGAAUGAAAUUAGAUUUUAUAAUUGCCUGCCUUGGUAACUUCUAGCUCAGUAGGCAUCAAGAUGCAUCAUGCCAUGCAGUGAACCUAUCCUAUGGUUUUGCCAGUUGCUAACUAGAACUACUGGAUGUAGAUGCAAAGGGGUGGCUUAGUUUUUCCCCAUA